CCCGCUGCUCCCGCUGCUCCCGCUCGGCCGCCGCGCUCGCUCCCGCUCCCCUCAGCACCGCGCGCGUGCCGUUCCGAGCCCGCGGCGCGGCUGCGGCAGCAGGCGGGGGAACGCUCCCCGCUGCUCCGCCUCCGGUCGCCGCCCGCUGCGGGGAUGUGUGAUUGCCAUGGCGAGGCGGCUCUUCCCGGGGUCCUGGCUCAGGAAACCCCAGUACGCGCAGGGUGACUUCUGCUUUUCAUCAGCCUAUUCGAGUGGUGUGGUUUGCAAGAAAGUUUGUGAUUCUUCAUGUUGCAAGCAUGCAGGUGUGGUAUUUCGUCUUUUUUAAGCUAGGAGAUUGCACUAGAAGUCUUGCAGUUCUGUUGCUUUACUAGUGUUUUUCCAAUGGGAAGGGCUUAUGUAUGGCGUUUCUUUUUUUCAUGCUCUCCAACCCUUUGCUGUCAGAUUUGUUUUUGUGGCCCUCCUCAUACAUUUUCUAGGUGGUUUCUAAAUGUGUAUACCACACAGCAUUAUUGCUGGGCUCCUUUUGUACUCCCUCCAGUUGAUACCCAUAUCAUGGACACCGUGCUUUAGAGCAAAUUACAUGUUACUCCAACUAAGGUCUUUGUGGCUCUGAGGAAAAAAGCAGAAAUUAUUCCUGUCUUGCAACACUCCCAAUAAAAUAUUAUAAAAGAAGAAUUGGCUGAAGGAACUAUCUGGUCAAGUUUUAUCACCAGAAUAAAAGCAGUUAGUUGCAUUUAUCUCUUCUUUCAACGAGGUAGUUUUAAGAUCAAGUCAAGUGAGUGUGUGUGAUGGAAAGAAGGAAGAGGGAUGUACAACUGAGGCUGCAGGACCACAGCUGCAUGGAUUGGAAUCUCCUUUUGGGCCUUUGGCAAUGACCUUUCUUGGAUCAUUUCUUCCAAAAUUAUUAGUACCUAGGCUUAGAGAAGGUAAAAAACAGAAAAUCAAAAUGUGCUUCUUCCCUUAGAAGGCACUCAGCUCUCCCUUGAUUCUUAAUGCAUAAAUACUUCAUUUUUCCUCUGUCCCUAGUGAAAAAUAUAAAUGUGAGGCCACAGAAACAACAGCAAAGUCUUGCAUACAGUUAUGGGAAAGACCACUAAAGGUGAGGCUAGUACUGAAGAAUUUUACUUGAAUAAUUAAAUGGUGAAAUUCCAAGGAAGGAGUGGGAGACUUCAGGACAUGGAACCUGUCCAUGAUACCCACCCUGCUCACUGGCUAUCUUUCUUGCAUAUUUAUACACUAACACUGAUUAUUCUUAGACCAGAUUCCUGGUCUGUUGGAUUUGGUUUACUAGGAGUGGAACACAACUAACUGGUCUUAAGAAAAAAACGCAGCUACUUGAGCUCUGACAGUUUAAAAUUUUGAUCAGAUUUGUUCUUGCAGCCUGGCUUGCCCUAUGAGGGUCUGUCAUGUUUUAUUUUAUUUCUAUCUUAAUUUUCCUUUCACCUACGUAAGUCAAACUGAUCUCCCCUGACAUUUUUGCUCACUGAAGGAAGCAAAUGUUCCAUGCAAUGCAGUCUGCCUGUGUUAGCACUGUGGAAGUCGAAUUCUUAAAGGUGAAAUAGUAAAUCAUGUUAGUUUUUAUUAUUGUGAUUGCUGAAUGAAUCACAAAGAGUAUUUUCUCUCUGUGUCCUCUAGGUACGUUUCUCUUAUAUGCGGAUGAAGUAUCUCUUCAUCUCUUGGUUAGUAGUAUUUAUUGGCAGCUGGGUUAUGUAUGUUCAGUACUCCACCUACACAGAACUAUGCAGAGGACAUGACUGUAGGAAAAUAAUAUGUGAUAAAUACAAGACUGGAGUUAUUGAUGGGUCAGCAUGUAGCAGUCUUUGUGCUAAAGAAACACUGUAUUUUGGAAAAUGUUUGUCAACAAGGCCCAAUAACCAGAUGUAUUUAGGAAUCUGGGGAAAUCUGCAAAGUGUUAUAAAAUGCCAGAUGGAAGAAGCUGCUCAACUUGGUUUUGGUACUGACCCAGAACCAAGGAAGGAAAUAGUCCUAUUUGAUAAACCAACAAGAGGAACCACUGUUGAGAAAUUCAAAGAAAUGGUUUAUGGUCUUUUUAAAGCAAAAUUGGGCGAACAAGGAAAUCUUUCAGAACUGGUUAAUCUCAUCCUGUCUUUUGCUGAUGGAAACAAAGAUGGCAGAGUUUCUUUGCCAGAGGCAAAAUCCGCAUGGGCACUUCUACAGCUAGAUGAGUUUCUGUUAAUGGUGAUCUUGCAGGAUAAAGAACAUACUCCCAAGUUGAUGGGCUUUUGUGGGGAUCUCUAUGUGACUGAAAGAGUUGAAUAUACCUCCCUCUAUGGAAUCAGCCUUCCAUGGAUUAUAGAACUUUUCAUUCCUUCUGGCUUCAGAAGAAGCAUGGACCAAUGGUUUACACCAUCUUGGCCAAGAAAGGCAAAAAUAGCUAUAGGGCUUUUAGAAUUUGUAGAAGAUAUUUUCCAUGGACCUUAUGGAAACUUUCUUAUGUGCGAUACCAGUGCCAGAAUCUUGGGGUAUAAUGAUAAAUACGACUUGAAAAUGAUGGACAUGAGAAAAAUUGUUCCAGAAAUUAAUUUGAAGGAAAUAAUUAAAGAUCGUCAGUGUGAAUCAGAUUUGGACUGUAUUUAUGGUACAGACUGUAGAACUCUCUGUGACCAGAGCAAAAUGAGAUGUACCACAGAAGUAAUUCAGCCAAACUUGGCAAAAGCCUGUCAGCUACUUAAAGACUAUCUGCUUCGUGGUGCUCCUUCUGAUAUCCAUGAAGAACUAGAAAAACAACUGUACUUGUGUAUUGCCCUUAAAGUCACAGCAAAUCAGAUGGAAAUGGAGCAUUCUUUAAUACUCAAUAACUUAAAAACUUUACUGUGGAAGAAAAUUUCCCAUACAAAUGAUUCUUAACUUUCUCACCAGCAGAAGAUCCUGAUGCCUGCCACUAGAGGUGGCCUAUCACAUUUGGUAAGAAUGACCUGCAGCAUUUUUUGAAGAUGUUUCUUUACUCAGAGCUCAUGAAUGGCUCUUUAAUUCUUGCCCUUCAGUCAGUACCUUAUGACAGUGUUUCUUAGGGAACGAACAUGCCACUGAAUGAUUGGGCAGAGGACAGAAGCACUUGUGGUGUUCCAGUUCUGUGUUAUGGAAACAAAAACCCUGCAUGCUUGACUGUUCUGUGCACUUUGUCAGAUCUUGAAUGGGAUGCAAGUGUUCACUGUGCCACCACAUCAACUGAUGGAACAUCGUACAAUUCUGUGAAAAUCAUUGCUCACUUGUGAAACACCUGCUAAAGGUUUUUAUCCUAAGGAGACUUAUGAAGAACCACCACUACUGCAAAUAACGUGUCUGAGUCCAAGCUGCUGUUGUGAAUAAACUGAACUGAGACUCAUGUUUACCGUGGCAUGGCAGAAUUUGCACAUGAAUAAUUUUUAAACUGUGGAAAACCAGAAUUUUAUUCUAAACCUGACAGGUUGUAAUAUGAGACAAAUCAGAUUCUGUUUACACCAUGUUACCUCAUGCUUACAUCUUGAAUGUUUAAGUAGUUCAACACUUUUUAAAUUAAGUCCUUAUACAGUGAAUCAUAUUGGGAGCCAAGAAUUUUAGAAUGUUAUUUCUUACAAUCACGUACACAGUGUAGGGGAGAGAUCAACACAUCUGCUCCGAGCUGCAAUUAUUGUACUUCAGUUGAAACCUUUAACCCAAAUUAAGCUGUAGCAAAUACUGAAAAGUAUUAAGUUUGUGGACUAAGCUAUGAGAACUGAAUUAUUUUUAAAAAUACUGGAAGCAGAAAUGCCCUAACAGUUGAAAAAAGGAAAGCUUGCAUAGUCUAGGAAUCUGCUGAGAUGUGAAACACACAAUAGAUGUGGAUAAAGCCUUGACCCUUUACUGUCCCUCCAAAUUUAGCUAGACUUGUACUUAAAUCUUCUUGAACCGUUGCAGGAAAUAUGUUAGCAAGAACAAGACCUGAACUGUAGGACAGAAGCUGCAUUGUUCAGGAUCAUGAAAUAUUGCUUAAAUGGGAGCCUAUGAGACAGUAACAGCUAGAAUUGAGGUGAAACAUAAGUGAGCUGUAGUGUUAACUAUUGUUUUUUCUUGUAGCAGCUGCAAGUCAUUGUAAAGUCUCGAGUCCUGAGUAAAUAAACACCAUCUGAUCCUGGCACUCCACAUGGCACAACUACUGUACCACCUUUAAUCUGCAUCCCUGUUGUUUCUCAGAUUUACAUCUAUUUUCACAAUUAUGCAGAAUUGGAAUGUUCAUAAAACACAAUGCUAUGCUCAAUACUUAACUGUUAAUGCUUAAUUUACAAGUGUUUUAGGUAUGAAGUAGUUCCAUCAUUAAUUAUUUUAAUGGCAGUCACCCCUAUAGUUUUAAAUCAUGUCCCUUCAAUUCAUUUUCAGCAUAGGUAAGGACAAGAUUUAUUGAAAUAUCUGCAAGGUUGCUGAUUGCUUUAUGUAUCCUGUAUUAAAUGCAUUCCUGGAAUUAUUAAGCUGAAGUACAGGACCAACAUAAAGUAAUUUCUCCAUACCAUAUAUAAGAGCAUGCAGCUUGGGUUACAAGUGUCCUUUUUUGUAAACAUCAGCUUUUUAGUUUAAGAAUUACUAUGCUAAUUACUGUCUAUAACCUGAUAAUGUUCUCCAGCCAUGCUGCACUCAAAUGUGGUCAUGUUCUUGGGGGAAAGAUCUGACUGUGAUUGCUACUGGGUUUUGGGCAGAGGUUACUGAAUCCAAAAUCAUGCUGGGUAUUUUGAACAACUGGAAAAAGUGUUCAAUGGUGCAGUUUUUUUGUACAGAACCUUCACUUUUAUUGCUGUUGCCUCAAGCUGGAGCUUUCAUUGUAAAAGAAAACCCCACACUUUUGUUUACAAUAAAUCACAGGCCUCCUUCUCUCUUUCAA